AUGGUCCGGGACACGGCACAACGUGCUUCUGUGGUGAAGGCAGGGCUGUCGAAAAGUGCGGUGAAAGAACAGGAGGUAGCUCUUAGGCGCAGCAAGCGGAGUAAGUUUACACCGGCCUCGACGCACAGUAAAGGCAAUCCCAUUCAUCGAGCCCUCAAGUACCAUGAGAAGAAGCUCCUUCGAAAGCACGACUUCAUGCAGUAUCCACAGGAUAACUGGCAUGAGCCCUUCUGUAUCACAAAGUAUCACCUGGAGGACCGUGAAGACUACCGCAGGUACUUGCGUCUGGUGGGACUUACCCGGCAGCUUUUGGCGCACCUUCGCUACCUUCCAUCCGACAGCAAGAUACGGAUACAAAUAACCCAGCAACUGCUAGAGAAACUCUUUACAAUGGGGCUUAUUAAGGAGAAGCUUGGUUUGGCUGAGGUGGACAAAGUCGGUGUGGAGGCCUUUUGUAGGCGACGGUUAUCUACGGUUAUUCGUGAUCUCAGCAUGGCAGCAAACUGCAAACUUGCUGCGGAACUUAUCCAUCAUGGACAUGUGCGUGUGGGCACAACACAAGUUAGGGACCCCGCGUUUCUUGUCUCCAAAGGUCUAGAGGACCUUGUCACGUGGAUGCCCGGUUCAAAGAUUAAGCAUCAUGUGGAUACCUUCAACGUACAACGCGAUGACUACGAGUAA